CAACACAGUAAGCUCACUCUUUGGUUCUGACCUGACGAAACAUGGCUCUCCUCCACGCACAGACAUCCCCCCAUAUCCAUUCUCAUAGCUUCAGCUCCAACACCCAUAGCCACUCUCCGGUGCUCUUAUCAUUCCAAAGCCCACCAGCUGUUUCUUUCUUCUCCUUGAAAACCCAUCACCAAAACUCACUCUUUUCUAAGAACUCGCCGUCUUCACUCUCAACAACGCCAAGAAAGGUGCUUUGUAGACCCCCUCAUGGUAAACAUGUCAGACAAGACUAUCUUGUGGAAAAGAUUUCAGCUCAGGAGGUCCAAGAACUGGUGAAAGGAGACAGAAAUGUACCGCUUGUUGUGGAUUUCUUUGCUACAUGGUGUGGACCCUGUAUUUUGAUGGCUCAAGAACUUGAAAUGCUUGCUGUGGAGUAUGAGAGCAAUGUAAAAGUCGUUAAGGUUGAUACUGACGAUGAGUAUGAAUUUGCACGUGACAUGCAGGUACGGGGAUUGCCAACAUUGCUCUUCAUUAGUCCAGACCCCAGUAAAGAUGCCAUCCGGACUGAAGGGCUCAUCCCAUUACAGAUGAUGCGGGAUAUCAUUGACAACGAAUUGUGAAGGAGUCCGAGAAAGUUUUACUAUAGGCUGCAUAUAUAUGGGGCCACGGUUUUGUUUGUGAUGUAGAAGCUUCCUAUUACUAUUUGAGAUGCUAUCAUUUCUAUGCCGUAGUCUACUAACUGAAUUACAUUGGAGUCAUCAAUGUUGUAGCCAUAUGAUUUGGAAUAGAUGUACAAUUAUAAAUGCCAGGAUGUGCGUCCAGU